UAGAUAUACUCUAUAGACUUUAUAUUUACACAGAUAUAAUCUUGUAACCUAUAAUUUCAAUCAUUGCCGAGUGUUGCUUGUGAAGAGGGAAAAAGAGAAGUCUUUACAUUUUUUCAUAGAAAUAUAAAAAUUUAAUUAAUUGUGAAUCUUUUUCCAAAUUACGCUGUAUACAUAUAUUAUGCAGUUAUCUAAAUUAAAAAAGCGAAGAGAACGAACAUUGAGUGUGCACUUUCCUCAUGUGCUAAAAGAUAAAAAAGAUGUUGAAAAUUUAUUCACGGGUAAUUUUUACAUAAAAUUACCACGACAGUCCAGUAGAUCAUGUCAUGUUGUGUUCUCCAAUGUAGAGGAAAAAAUAACGAACUAUAAAUCUGCAAAGGAAAAAACAAUUAAUGGCAAGCGAAUUGUUAUUAAACCACUAUGUGCUCUUGUUAAAAAAAAUGCCAAGAAAAUAAAAAGAAAGAAAGUUUGUAUACCCGAAAUCAAACCAGAUAUUAAAGUGACACAAGCAUUAUUUGUCUCAAAUAUAGCAACUGGUAUAAAAUCACAUGAACUGAAAGGUGCCCUUCCUGGAUGUGUCCAUGUUACUUUAUUAAAAUCUUACAAUAAAGACUUUAAAAUGUUGAUGCCAAAAAAGAAUCGUGUAGCUAUCUAUGAGUACCUUUUCAAAGAGGGAGUUAUGGUAGCAAAGAAGGAUUAUCAUGCAUCGAAACAUCCGGAAUUAGAAAAUAUUCCCAAUCUUCAAGUCAUUAAGGCUAUGCAGUCUUUAAAAUCUAGAGGAUAUGUGAAGGAACAAUUUGCUUGGAGGCAUUUCUACUGGUAUCUUACAAAUGAUGGUAUCGAAUAUUUACGUGGAUACUUGCAUUUACCACCUGAAAUUGUGCCCUCAACUCUCAAGAAACAACCAAGGUCUGAAACCACAAGGCCGAGACCUGCUGCGACUAGAAGCGAGGGCUCGAGACCAACGGAAGAUCGGGCAGGAUACAGGCGAGGUCCGGGUGGUCCUCCAGGCGCUGGUGACAAGAAAGCUGAUGUAGGCGCAGGUACAGGUGAUCUUGAAUUCCGUGGUGGCUUCGGCCGUGGAAAAGCACUACAGUAACUUUAUUCGUAUAAUGAAAUUUUAAAUAAAUAUUCUAAAAUA